UGGUCUCCCGUUUCGUUCAGUGCAAAAAUCUACGUCGGAAAUUUGAGUUGGAACACCACUGAUGACACGUUGCGCAAUGCUUUCAGCAGUUAUGGACCUGUGCUUGACUCUAUUGUCAUGCGUGACCGUGACACUGGUCGUUCCCGGGGUUUUGGCUUUGUCACCUACGGGACCACUGAGGAAGCAAACCAUGCUAUUGCCAACAUGAAUGAGCAGGAGCUUGAUGGCAGGAGAAUAAAAGUAAACCUUGCUAAUCCCCGUAGCUCCGGAACAGCAGGCGGUGGCGGCGGUGCAGGAUUUGGAGGAGGUUAUCCUGCUGGUGGCGGCUACUCUGGUGGCGGCGGUUACGGUCAGCAACCUGCCUAUGGAGCUCAGGGCGGUUUUGCUGGCGGUCAAGGUGGCUACGCUCAAGGUGGCUAUGGAGGCUACCAAGGUGGAGGAUACGGGGGUGGUUUCGCUCCUACCGGUUACAGUGGUCAGCAAGGUUAUGGCCAGCAAGGUGGAAAUGGCAAUCCAGGAGGUUACGGUCGUGGUUACUGAUCGACCAUUGGCACGUGCAUGCCUUAUCUUCAGCAUCAAAAUAAGCAGAGGCAUGCGCUACCAGCUCUUCACACUUCUUCCUUCGGACAUCGAUAUUAUAUCAUGCUCGUUCGCCUCUUCCACAUUUACACCCUACUUGCACAUGUCCAAUGUUCCUUCUCAACUCUCUCUCCCUCUCAUUUUCAGUCUGAACUCUAUUACGAUUCAGCUUGUACUUGUAUAUUCAGAUAUAUCCAUGCUCUCGUCAUCGCGAUCAUGAAGCAAACCGCACAUCAUAGUACCUUGUCCAGAUAUGGAAGGAACGACAGAGUAUUGGGUCAUCCCAGAUAUAGUGCCUGGUGGAGUGUGAUUAAUAGUGCUACUGAUGUUAUAAAACGCUGGGUUUUCCCCAAGCUUCGGGAUGUACCCUGACCUAAAUGAGACUGCACGUCUAUCAUGAUUACCUUAAAUUGCAGGGCGAGACUCAAUCAUAA